AUGGCUUCUACAUCCAAAUCUGACAAACCGUCAGUUUCUAAUGUAGAAGAAAACAGAAGUCGCCUCUGCGAUGAGUUUGCGGCAGUAACAGGAACUGAUAGCGCUGUGGCUCAGUGCUACCUGGCUGAAAAUGAGUGGGAGAUGGAGAGAGCUUUGAACUCAUUCUUUGAGGCUGAUUUGGAGAAAGUAUUUGAAGAAGAUUUCCCAGAGAGUGAAACCAGGCCCAAAACAAAGAAGCAAAAAGUUGAGGAAAAACCUCCAGGAGACUGUAUAGAUUUGACUGCAGACAGUCCAGCCUCCACAUGCAAACCUUCAGAAGAAGACAACAAUAAACUGUCACUGAUUUCCUGGAACGUGGAUGGACUUGAUACAGACAACCUUGGAGAGCGAGCCAGAGGCCUGUGCUCCUUCUUAGUCUUAUACACUCCUGACGUGGUGUUUCUACAGGAGCUCAUUCCACCUUACGUCCAGUACCUGAAGAAACGGGCCGUCAGCUACCUACUCAUUGAAGGUGGUGAAGAUGGUUACUUCACUGGGAUGAUGCUGAAGAAGUCACGGGUCAAAUUCGUGGAGAGCGAGAUAGUAACUUACCCCACUACUCAAAUGAUGAGGAAUCUGCUUGUAGCUCAGGUGACUUUCAAAGGCCAGAAGCUGUGUUUGAUGACGUCCCACCUCGAGAGCUGUAAAGGCCAAGCGGUGGAGCGGAUGAAACAGCUGCGAGUGGUGAUGCAGAGGAUGAAAGACGCACCUGACGAUGUCACCGUCCUGUUUGGAGGGGACACAAACCUGAGGGACACUGAGGUUGCCAAAGUGGGUCUGCCCUUCAGUGUCUGCGAUGUGUGGGAGCGACUGGGAAAGCAGGAGCACUGCCGCUACACAUGGGACACCAAAGCCAACAACAACAAGACUGUUCCUUACGUCAGUCGCUGCCGUUUUGACCGGGUCUACCUCCGCCCGGCUACCAAGGACGGCGUCCAACACCUGGCCCCCGACCACAUGGCCCUGGUGGGGCUGGAGAAGCUGGACUGUGGACGCUUUACUAGUGAUCACUGGGGAAUCUACUGUAGCUUCUCUGCUGUGUAGAAAUGCACAAAACAACCUGAUACAUGCCAAUUAAAGUUUUGGAUCAGCUGGUCUAGUUGGUUUUUUGUGUUUUACAGUCCCACUGCACACCGUCAGUGCUGGGUUCAGACCACAGAAACAUGUUCUCUGUGAAAGGAGAUGUUCUGAUCUCAUCUGACGUUGGUUACCUGUACAUUUGAUGUAUUGAUUUGAUUAGUUUUAUCUUCUAAUGUGUCUCUGCCCAUUUUUUUGUGUGUAAAAUAAAUAAAUGUCGAAAGCAUCAAUAUAUGUUAAAAUGUCAAAGUUUGCAGCACUGUGCGGCUGUAGUAUUGGUAUCUGACCACUAGAGAGCACCACAGAGUUGAAUUGCAAUUGAUUAAAAAAAAAGUAAUUUUCUGAUGGCAGUCAGCAUUUACAACAAAAGGAAUAAAAUCAGUCUGAGUGAUUGGUGACUCCAAAUUCAACUUCAUGUUAACUACUAAAUCAUUGUAAUUUAAGCUAAUAUAGAUAAUAAAACAAACAAUGUUUUCCUGCUAUGUUAUGUAAAAUGUCUCCUGUGAAAAAAGCCUAUUAGAAUGAUACUGUAUAUAAUGAUUUAAUUGCACCUAUAAUCUACAAUUCUGCAUUAUGACCUCAGUUCUACCCUAAACCAGAUGUAACCUUCUCACAGUCUCUGCCAACACACUGUCAAGACGUGUGCCUCUCCUCUCUCCGUAAUGCACCCUUCAGAUUUGAGAGUGAGAGUGUUUUCAUGUAUGCUCGGUGAGCAGACAGCACUGUUUUUUACAGCCCAGUCACACAGACCGAAGAAGAGCUGACCUUAGGAGAGGACACAGAUGUGACUCUUCCCUGGGAGCAGGCGUCAUCAGAACAGGCCUCCCUCCCCCGUUUGUCCCCGCUCACUGGUUCCUGAUUAGCAAGGACACUUGAGCUAAGUCUGUUUAGCUUUAAUGAGUUCACCUAAAGCAACAAAAAAAAAACUUUAAGAAUGA